AUGCCCUGUAUGCCUGCCUGCCUGCCUACCUGCCUGCCUGUGUGGUGUGUACGUGGGUGGGCGUGGGUGCGUGGCUGUAGUUGCCCAAAGCGGAACACGCGUCCUCACUGCCUAAACGGGACACGAUGCAGCCAGACUGCCUGCCAACCAAGCCAGCCAGCCAGCCUGGGGGUGGGCGGGCAGGUCGAGCGCGCAACACCAAGACUCCUCCAGACCCCAUACUCACCACAUCCAUCCCUACUUCUCACUACUUGCUUAACUCACAUGCAUACUUUCGCCUACCUGCUAGGCACGUUGGCUGCGUUUCCGGCCCCAUCCUUGUGGGGAUCUAUCGAAUCGUCACUGCCCUUAUCUCGACCUGUCCCCGGCGGCUUCACCCUUGCCAGCCGGGAACCAACGGAUGCCUUCGCUCCACGCUGCCAUUCGACAAUGCCGAUAUCUGGCCAGCCCCAAGGGCUUGCCUCUCGCCAGAGCACAGUCUCAGAUCCAUGGGCGCGAAUCCCUCCAAUGACCCAUCUAUGGUCGACCCAAAGAAAAUUUCUCCCGCCGGUUGAUUGUCUGGCGGCUUCUGCCUCCGCCGCCUCACCACGCCAGAUUGCGGCGUCUGAACACGGUCGGCCCGGCAGGCGCGAAGCGAAGCGAAGGCGCACAACACACACACACACAUGUGCGUAUUACCGAAAUCAAUUACCUGGCCUGCUUACCGGGUCAAGCGCACACAGCGCGUAUCAAGAUAACAACCGCCCACGGGACAAGAACGAGUGCCACCAAGCCUUUCCGCCCCUUGCAGACCAACUCGGUGUUAGUACUGGACCAGUCCAACACAAGGCGUCUAGCGAGCUUCUAGGGCCGGCCAUCCAGGCCGCAAAUCCAUCCUCUGUACCAGAACUGAGUGCGGGAUCUCCACAAUGUCCAACAGCGGACCUGCCUGACGAGGAAAUGCUGGCGGUUAAGGCUGCCGCUGGCGAGUCACGCACCUGGUCGGAGAUAUGGCGCUCGCCACCCUAUUCGUUCCAGCCGAGGAAAUUUUGCCGCAAAAUAAUUGCACCACUCACAGCCGUCAACAGCACGUCGUGGAUUGUGGAGAGACCCUGA